AUGACACGCUGCAUCUUCAUUCUCUUCUGUAUUCUCUCCACGGCCCAUGGUACCAUCUUCACCGAGAGUGCCGACCAAAACCAUACGGAUCAUCGAUUCUUCCUCAUGUCACUGUACAACAACACGACAAAUUUCGAUUUGGUAGACAAUGCGACAGUGGUCUUCCAGUUGAAAAUUGAUGAAUUAUGGAAACAAACCGCCUAUUUCUAUUACGACAUUUUCCGAAUGGUUGUGAAUUCUUCGAAUCCUGUUGCUCUAUUUGUCUCGGACUGUGAGGGAACUCCUAUCAGCGUCAAACCAAUUGUGACGUGUGAAUCAGUCGAGAUGAAAUGGGACACAUUGGGCAGCGAAGACGGAUGUGUGUUCGUGAACAUCUCAUCGAUAAAUGCACCAAGCACUGGAGUCAUUACCAUCGAAGCUAUUGCUAAUACUAAUCAUAUUCACUCGUUCUUCAUUUUUCUUAUAGUUUCUUUAGUUAUCAUUGGUGAGUGAGUUUUUCUAUCUAUGCAUGAAAAAAGUGAAUUUAUUGCAGCCACAGCUCUUCUCAACUACGCUGCGAACGAAAUUUUGCGUGGCAUCACCUCGUAUCAAGUAAUCGAAGAAAACACAGAGGCAUAA